UAACACAUUUAUCUGGAGGUGGAAAAGUCUCCCUUUAAUCCGCCAAUAGAGGAGAUAGGCGGAGUCCAGUGGAGUGGCAGCAAGCAAGGCUACCACUUGACUUUGGUGUGAGGACAUUUGGAAAAUUUCUCAAGGAUUUCUGCAAUUUAAAGGCUUCUCUAAAGAUGGAGAAGCAGCCUUUGCCAAAAGACGAUGACAGGACGGAAACCACUGAGGCCGAGGUCGAUUGCUAUGCUGCUGCAGAGAGCCAGCAGGGCUCGUCUGAGCCUGCCGCCAGAGCAGGGUGGAACAGUAAAAUAGAGUAUUUUUUAGCACAGGUGGGAUUUAGCGUCGGACUUGGCAACGUCUGGAGGUUUCCGUACUUGUGUCAUCAAAAUGGAGGAGGGGCUUUUCUCUUGCUGUAUGUGCUACUGAUGCUGUUGGUGGGCAUCCCUUUGUUCUUCCUGGAGCUGGCAGCCGGUCAGGCCAUCCGACAGGGCAGCAUUGGAGUGUGGAAGUACAUUUCACCAAGGCUUGAAGGGAUCGGAUACUCCAGCUGUGUGGUUUGUUUCUUUGUGGCUCUUUACUACAAUGUAAUCCUGGCAUGGAGUCUUUUCUAUCUCGGGAACUCGUUCCAGAACCCUUUACCUUGGCAAACGUGUCCAGAAGAAGGGAAUGUAACAGUACAAGAAUGUGAAAAGAGCUCCCCAACCUCCUACUUCUGGUACCGCAAAGCUCUGGAUAUCACAGACUCAAUUGAUGAGACGGGCUCUUUCAACCCGUACAUCGUCUGCUGUCUGCUGGCUGCCUGGACUAUCGUGUGCCUGGGAAUGUUUAAGGGAAUCAAGAGCUCUGUCAAGGUGAUGUAUUUCUCCUCCAUCUUCCCCUACGUGGUGCUCUUCUGCUUCCUGGUCCGAGGACUCCUGCUGGACGGGGCCUUAGAAGGAAUCACCUACAUGUUCUACCCCAGGCUGGAGAUUUGGGCAGACGUGCAGGUGUGGAGGCAGGCAGCCACUCAGGUCUUCUUUGCUUUAGGCCUCGGCUUUGGGUCCAUUAUCGCUUACUCCUCCUACAAUCCCAAGAACAACAACUGCCACCGCGAUGCCUUCACUGUCUCCUCCAUAAACUUCCUCACAUCUGUGCUUGCCACUCUGGUGGUUUUUGCUGUGCUCGGAUUCCGUGCCAAAAAGAAGGUCACAGAGUGUGUGGUCAGUAACAUGAAGGAGUUAACAGAGCAGUUUCACAGUGGGAAUGUGGAAAGCGCCCUGAUGCCAGCCUUUGAUUACUUUCAUCUCAGUUCUGUGGCUGUAGAGGACUACAGCUCCUGGUUUCAGCAGUACGGAAAAUUGGUCCCUGGCAAUUUAACUAAGUGUGACCUGGAACAAGAGAUGCAGAAGGGUGUGGAGGGCACAGGCCUCGCUUUCAUUGCCUUCACAGAGGCCAUUUCACUGCUGCCUGGCAGCCCCUUCUGGUCAGCGCUCUUCUUCCUCAUGCUGCUUAACUUGGGACUCAGCACCAUGUUUGGCACUAUGGAGGGCAUCCUUGCACCACUCUCUGACCGCUUCAAAACUCUGGCCAACAACAAGACCAAACUUACAAUUUUCAGCUGCAUCAUCGGCUUCAUAAUCGGCCUACUGUUCACCCAGCGCUGUGGGAACUACUUUGUGAUGAUGUUCGAUGAUUACUCGGCCACUCUUCCUCUCAUCAUUGUGGUGGUUUUUGAGACCUUCAGUGUGUCUUGGUUAUACGGAGCUGAUAGGUUCCUUGAUGACAUUGAGGGAAUGCUGGGUUGGCGUCCCAGCGUGAUUUACAAAUACCUGUGGAAAUACAUCUGCCUGAUUGCAAUGCUUGGUCUGCUAGGAGCCACAACUAUUCGAAUGUUCAUCAAACGCCCAACUUAUGUGGCCUGGAACGAAGAAAUGGCCUCUGAGGAGACUCUGCAGUACCCUGGCUGGGCUCUGGCCGUUUUGGCUGCACUGAUCAUAUUUGCCAUGAUGCCUGUCCCACUGGGCCUGAUCCAUGCCAUUCUGCAGGACAGAACAAAGAAAGCAGCCCGGGACACAGAGAUCGGUCAGUACAGCAUUGUUAGCACUGACGAGAAGUGUGACACCCCCAUGGCUGACAUGUCAGAGCUGGACCAAAGGAAUGGCACCGCUUCAUCCUUUUAAUAAUCAUUAUACUUGAUUCCACUUGAAGAGAUAGAGGUGUGCUCAGAAGUCAGGACCCCGGUAGGACAUUUGGGGACAAAUUAAGUCCCACAGAUUGUGGUGCAGCUGUGACAAAAAGAGCCAUGCAAUGUGUGAAAAAAGAUCCUCUUUUUUUACAUUAGAAACUUUUUAACUUAUGAUAAUUAAAUUAUGUCCAAACAUAUCCAGGAGCAACACUUUGACAAAUAUGACUGUUCUAACACCUACAUUUAGUAAAAGUUUGGUCAGAACAACUGUUAUUGAGUUGUUUUUCUUUUAUAAAUGCCUUUUCCUUGAUAUAUUUUUUAAUCUCAGUUCCGUCCUUGUUUUACAUUUGGCCUUCUUAAAUUUAAUUUUAACAAAAUGUCCCCCUAAAUUUUGUCACUUUUUCAAAGCCAGCAAAUUUAACUGCCUGGUUAUUGAGUCUGGAGGCUCUCCUGCAUGAGCUCAUAGCUCAUGUGUAUUCUUUUGGAGUGACUGGACUGAUGCAAAAUUUUGGGUCAGACCUAAAACGAAGAGAGCCUGACAGAGGCUGAGUGAGGUAAGCUAUACCUGCACUCAUAAAACCAGGAGAUAUAGAGGUCCGUAAGCUACCAAACCACUUGAUAUGAAACUAUCAUCAUUCCAUACUUGUCAAUGCACUGUUGCACAAUUUCACAUCAUGGUACAUGAUAUGUGUGCAUGGCAUAAAACUGACAAGUUAUGCUUUACCAUUAGAUAAGUACAUCUAAAUAACAUAAAUGUAUUUUGAGAACAAAGACAGUAUUUGCACAAAGACGACCCAACAAAGAGCAGAGCAGAACAAAAAAAACUGUACGAGAAGUAAAAACGACAACCACUCCGACAACACCCAAAUACAACGUGAGUCAGAAAAUGUUACUGUAGCAGAAUCAGUUCUCUCCUAAUCAGGAAUCUUAACAUUUGAGAGGAAAAUUAUAGUACUGCAACUUAAUUUACAACUUUCUAUUUUACGUAAACAUAGCAUCACCAUGUCAUGUGACAUUCUACUUCAGUACACUUUCUGGGCAAAUGCUACUGGGACCACUGCAGGAUGUUGCUGAUUAAUUAGCCAGCUUUAAACAUUAUUGAUGCAUUGUACACAAGGCAUCCACUUACUGGUGUCUACCCAGUGUUUUAGAUUUUACAACUAAAGACACACUGAGGCAGAGCUUUGUGUUGAUUUGCAAUGAGCUGAAUUACAGGAGAAAAGCUGAGCCUGAAAUAUAACAGAAAUGUUAUAUAAAUGAGUUAGGAGACUGUUACUAAAGGAAAGAAAGUUAACUCAGUUAUUUAUAAAUUCAGUAGAGCUUUUGGGGAACAGUAUUAAUGCUAUGCACCACACAGAAGCCAUUCAAUCAUGUUUACAGCUCAACAAAAACCUGAGUCUCUGUUCUCUUCAGAUUGAUUUAUCUUACAUUCUCGUUACUGUAAUGUUUACAGAUGUAUUGUGUCUCUACAGUCAUACUAUGUGUGCAUGUUAACACUGCUGAUGUACAGUACAGUACUUGAAAAUUCAGCUGUUGGCUUUGUGAUUGAUGUUUUAGUGUCACUAUUUUCUUUUAUUAGUAAAAACAAUAAAAAAACAACCCGGUCUGACUCAAAGUUUCAAUCACCCUUUUGUGUUGCUUUCUGUGUUGUCAGACGAUGAUGACAUCAUGGUUUAAAUAAGAAUGUAAAUUACUGUUUGAAAUGUAAAUAUGUAUUUAAUACAAGUACAAAAUCUGAGAGAGGAUGUGAUUCACAUGUCAGGAUUCUUACAUUCAGUAUUGUUACUGGAUCUUUGCAUGACAUAUUUUCUGUGGAGGGUUUUUUUUGGAGGUAGUUAUUUUUCGUCAGAUUUUGGUGUAAUAUAAAUGUUCAUACUGUAACAUAUAUUUUUAGACUUCACUGAUUGGUCAUCAGUGUAUACUUUAAAGCUUUUUAUUCUACA